AGGGGUUGUCCUGUGGGUUUCCCGUCCUCCUGUCCGGUUCUAUUUUCAACAACCUGACUGGCUUUUUAUCUCACUAGGAAGAGCAUGACCUCAAAUAAAUGUGUGUCUGGACGAAGGACGAUAAACAAUAAAGGACAAGCAACAACAAGCAGUAAGACAAACUAACUGUGAUUACUAUUAUUAAUAGUACUAGUAACAGGGCAGUAGCGUUUAGUCCAGAGCAUCUUUUUCGAGUCUAGCUAACUCCUUACCCACUCAUCAGACACACAAUCAUAGCCUCCUAUUGUGCCAGGCACAGUGUCCACGCACUUUUGCAGCUUCCGUCGAUCGGCCUGGAUCGACGCCCUGCGAGGUGACUGGUAUUAGACAGAAGCAAAGCCUCGGUCGACGACUUGUUUGUUACCCCCGCAAACCAUUCGACACCUCAUCAGAGUUUACGUGUGUGGAAGGAAAUCCAGGUUUGGUCCACUUUGGCACAAAACCAGUCAUUGAGAGGUUCCAACAUCCUUUCCCGCCACCAGCCGAUCGAUCGACAAGGACGUUGGAAAGUCUACACAAGAAAUAAUAUCUGGACUCACUAGCUAGCUAGUGGUAGCCACCGCGUUAGUGCACAGAAGUUAGAAUAGCUGUUUCCCUGCUUCCGAAACUGCCACCGACAUACAUACAUCAACAAUAUACCCUGCAUCAUGACAUCCAGCGGCGCCGAGAACGAUUUAUCCAGCCGCCAUUCCAUCAACAUCUUGGAUAUUGGCAAAGCGGCCCUGAAGAUAGACGAUGAGUCCACUGAUGGGGAGGACUCCUUCCAUGAUGACGAUGGGGCACCCAAGAAAAAAGCUUCUGAUGUGCUGGAGGGAAGUCUGCAGUCCAUGUCUCUUCAAAAUGGCGGCACCGUCGGUGAUGCCCCCCUCACGCCCCCGCCCAAUGUGGAAAAGUCCAAACGCAAAUUAGGCAAGGACUUUCUCAAGGUAUUAGAAAAUGGAAAGGAGGGUGGUGGCAACAAAGUAUCUCAACUCUCGCUCCUGGUCAACGACAGUGCCAGUGGUAUCCCAUUUGAUGAUGUCUACGACAUGGGAGAUGUACUGGGGGAGGGUGGUUUUGCCUUUGUCUACCGAUGCACCCACAAAAAGAAUGGUCACGAGUACGCUGUCAAAGAAAUACUGUCCACCGACAAUCACAAGUCAGCAGGGGAAUCUGUCCGGGGGGAAAUCAAUGCCUUGAAACUCCUACGAGAAGGUCCCUAUGUUGUGCGACUCUUGGAUGUAUACUAUGAACCCGAUAGGACCAUGAUGGUGCAGGAAAUUAUGGAGGGUGGUGAUUUGCUCGAUAAGUUGACGGAAAUCGAAGUCUAUGAACCAAGGGAUGCUCGGAAAGUUGCCAGGACGUUGGUAGAAGCUGUGGACUAUUGCCACAAGAAAAGAAUAUGCCAUAGGGACAUCAAACCAGAGAACAUAUUGCUUGUGAAAGAUGAUGAUCUAACUCACAUCAAGGUGGCUGAUUUUGGAUGUGCCAAAAAGAUCACAGGGCCCAAAUGUCUCAAGACACUCUGUGGAUCACCUCAGUAUGUGGCUCCAGAAUUGUUGACCCAUGAAGAUGGGUACAAUGAGCUGUGCGAUAUGUGGAGCUGUGGGAUUGUUAUCUAUGUCCUCUUGGGAGGAUACGCACCAUUUGAUGCGCCGGAAUGUGAGCUUGCAGAGUUGAUCACAGCAGGCAAUUACGAAUUCCAUGAAGAGUAUUGGGACGAUAUUCCUGCAUCCGCCAAAGAUUUGAUCAUGCAUCUGUUGCAGGUGGACCCAGAUGAUCGCUUCACUCCCUUUGAAGCCUUGGAUAGCCGAUGGUUACGAAGGAAGGAUAAGGACCUGGCUUCCAGCAUGCACGGAAACGAGUCCACCAGCAGCUUUGGGGCUUGGUUGGAGCGAAGAAAUUCCCGUCGAUCGCUUACCGACUAAUAUAAGACACACAACAAACAAACGACAACUAACUGUAACAGAUGCCGUACAUGUACGAGAAGGGGGGGCAAACUCCUGCAAUACCAACAACAACAACAACGAUUUAAAAACGAAAGCAGGUGCUGGUAUCUCGGAAUACUUUCUACGCGUCGAGGCUCGCGUGUCUGUGUUCGUAGCACCCAUACCGUACCUACUACAAAGCAAUACGAAAAAGGAAUAGUGCAAUGUACAAUUUUUUGAGGUUGCCGUGCCGUACCGCUGUAUCUCAGUGUUCUGUCGCUGACAUCCCUCGAGCCACACCGGAAGAUAAAAUUCGUGAACCAGUGCGUUUUCGUGGGUUGGCUGACCGUGUUCAGCUACUGGUAGACGCCCAGUGUUUUUUCUGUAUGGCUAUAUGGCUACGUAUUACAUGUACUCACUCCAUAGAUUCAUGUAUGAGGAUUUCAAGCGAUGGUAUAUUCAUGCAAUGGCAAACCGGUGGUGGAUGUCACUCGAAGUUCCGAAAACAAAAUUUGGUUUCUCUUAUUUUUGUAGCCAACUCAAAAGUACUAGCUAGAGUAGUUGCAUCGAUUCGAUUCCUC